UAAAAGAGAAGCGGAAGGCGCACGGGUGCAUGCAUCUGUUUCCUGCGUUAACUAAUCAUUGUGUCGCUGUUUUGUUACACGGAUAUUCAUCAACCAUUCGAGUGCGAAUAAUAUGCUACAGUCGCUUCAGACUGGCUCGGGGCGCAUGUCUGCAGCAGCAGAGGCAGACGAGGAGCGUCUGUCUGGUGAUGAAUGAAAACCAGACGGGCUCUGCUGUACAGACUGCGGUGAUCGGAUAACCUGUUGAAUUGCAGCUGUCAGUCAACGUCAAGCCACGCAGAGGCAACGCAGGCGAGGAGAAAGCACUUCAAACACAAGAAACACAGCGUGCCAGUGCACACAAUAACAACAAAAGUCGAUUUAUUUCCCUGUGCAGCUAAUGGUUAUAUCCAGAGAUGCUCAGGUAAAACGCUCCCUGUGCUCCCUGUUUCAUUUGCCUGUGCAUCUGCAACAGACUUCUCCCUCCUUUUAUUGCAGCCGGCAUUAAGAAAGAUUGGAUUAUAAAAUAUGGAUGUAGACAUCAUAGUAAGUUGUGUCAAACGUGACUGAAAAAAUAGGUGUCAAAUUGGGGAGUUGUUGUUUUUUUCUUCCUUAAAUGUCUAAUGGGACAUUUGUGUUUGACUGGUGGCCAUCCAUGCUGCAGUUUACCCAUUCAUGUGUCAUCACACGUACAUUUCGUUCCACAACCUGCGCGUAAAGCUGUGCCGAAACCACAGCCUUUUUUUUUUUUUUGACAACGUCUGCCCUCGGAUUUCCAGUUCCCUCGACUGUUGAAAAUAGCUUGGCUGCUCCCUGCCGCUAUGGCUAAUUCCUUGGAACCGGUGGAUCCAGUUUGAUCCAUCCCUCUCUUUCUUUCAUUCUUUCUUUCCCUUACCAACUUGUUGAGUCUGCCCCCCCUCAGUGCUCCUACUCUAAAAGUUCACUGCGCACUGAGUGCGGCUCGGCAUGACAGCUAUUUGACUUUGUAAUGAAAUGUCAAAAGUUUGGGGAAAGUGAGGGCGCAGCUCGAUGGGACGGUGGCGAUUUUGAAGUGGAAACUCAACGGGAAGCGCGCAGAGGAGCGUUUGACGCAGCGACAGCCACCUGUAGGACACAGUAGAUGCGCUCUUCCUAAACCUUGUUCUGCCUCUCUGAACUUGUCCAGUUGGUUUUCAUGUUUCUUUUUUUUUGCGGACUGUUGUUGAAACUUGCCCACCUGAGAAGCUUUUUGUUUUCUUUCAUAGAACGAGAUCACUUAACGAAAUAGGUCAUUUUGACUUUUUAAUUUCUUUCAAGGGAGGUGGAGACAGCUUACUACCCCCCUCCCUUCGUCCUUAACUGAAUUUACCAAGUCAUUUGCGCAGGGGAGACUCUUGAAGUGCUCCCAUUGCAGUUGAAAUGGAGGCUCCUGAUGGCCACCGUGCUAGUAAUGGCCAGUGCUCUCCUGGAAAGGAGAACUCAAGACGUUUGGUGGAUAUGUCAACACCUAAUGGGCAGACAGUUCUUCAGAGUCCUAAUUCCCCAGAUGAACUGAAAAUUAAACAAGAGGAAGAAACAGCAGAUGUAGGUGACAAAAGAAGCCCAGCACCAGAAGAAAUACACCAAACAGCGGAGGAAGGAGGAGUAAUGGAGGAAUCUAUGACUGGCAGCCCAAGCAACAUACAGGAUGGAUUAUCUGGACCAAAUGUGACAGCUGAUGCAGGAAGUCGACAACCAAGUGGUGACAGGCCAUUCCACUGCCCCCAGUGUGGUGUCUCGUUCACCCAGAAGGGAAAUCUACUGCGACACAUCAAGCUGCACACGGGCGAAAAACCCUUCAAAUGCCCCUUCUGUAGCUACGCCUGUCGGAGGCGCGAUGCUCUAACUGGACAUUUGCGCACACAUGCUGUUGGCAAACCACACAAGUGCAACUACUGUGGGCGGAGCUACAAACAGCGCACGUCUCUGGAGGAGCAUAAAGAGCGAUGCCAUAGCUACCUGCAAGGUAUUGGCUUAGAUCCAACUGCCCACACUGGCCCUUACACAGGUGAACUUCCUAAAGAGCCUCGGCCCAUGUCAGAGGCAAACAACAUGGCUACCUUUGACCGGCCGCCCGUUAUUGAGAGGCUGCAUAGCAACGUGGGCAAGAGGAAGAGCACCACGCCUCAGAAGUUUGUGGGUGAGAAGAUAGUUCGCUACAGCUACCCUGACAUGGGAUAUGAAAUGGGCAUUAAGUAUGAAAAGCAGGCUGAACUGAUGCCAGCCCACCUGAUGGAUCAGACCAUCAGCAAUGCUGUUACAUACCUGGGAUCAGACACCCUCCGACCCAUGCUCCACCAUCCAGGUCCGCCUCUUUCUAUGGCCGAGGUGGUGCCCAUUGUCAACCCCAUCUACCACCAUGUCAUGCCCCUAAGCCAGCGACCGGAGCAUCCAGGAAACUGUGACUCGCUGCCACCACAUCCGCCCCAGCCCCAUGACUUCCCCAGCCAUCCCACCUCAAAUGGCCCCACUGCUUUAACCAGGCAGGGCAAGCCACACCAGUCAGGACAUGAGGAAUCUCCCAGCAACAGUGGAGUGGACUCUGCUGACUCAGCACGCAGCAGCCCCCAGGAGAGGCAGGGCUACCAUGGAAGUAACGCCCCUCCUGGCCUCAGGUCUCAUGCAAGUUCAGCAGUGAUCUGCUCUGGCGAGCAGGUGGCGGGAGCUAUCGCGAGAGUCGGGCCGGGAAUGGCAGCCGGGCUAAUGCGCGUGACCCCAGAGAGGCCGCUAAACCAAGAAGGGGUGCGCGUGUUUGGAAGAAAUGGCCAGGAGGUGCGGGCCUUCCAGUGCGAGCACUGUCGGGUGCUCUUCCUAGACCACGUUAUGUAUACCAUCCACAUGGGUUGCCACGGAUACAGGGAGCCACUGGAGUGCAACAUCUGUGGUCACCGCAGCAAGGAUCGCUACGAGUUCUCCUCUCACAUAGUCCGCGGUGAGCACACCUUCCAUUAAGUGGAUAGGUGGGGAACUAAGAGGGAGACGAAGAAGGGAAAGGAGCAAUAGCCUGUUACCAUUCUCAUUCCCACACCUCCAAGACUGCAUAGUUGAAUAGCACUAUACAAGUGUAGCACAAUCAAAGACUUCUUUUUAAGCUACUUGAUGUGAAAACGAACAGUUUAACAAUCAUAUGAAGGUAUGGGCCAAAGACACAUUUUCUAUGUAUUUAAUUAAUAAUUCAAAAUAGAGGAAGGAAGGGAGUCGUGCUUUUUCUCCCAAAAUAUCAGUGUGUUUUGUAUAGAGCAGUUAUCAAAUGAAUAUGAGUAUUUGUUCUUCUUCCAUUCUUCUUUUUAUUCUUACUUGAAAAAGCCUCAUUUCCUCAUCGUUCCUUCACCACCUUGUGGGCUCAGUGUGCUAAAAUGCAAGUUUAUAGGACUGGAAAGGAUAUUAAACGCAGUGAGACCAUUAAAGGCACUCACUGAAACACCACACACACACACACACACACACAGAGCUUAUUGCAUGUAGCAUUGUAUUCCUUUUCUCGUUCCUUGUCUACGACAUCACCGUGAUCAGCGCGAUUUUAUUUCCUACAAAUUCAGUCUAAUAGUAUGGAUUUGUGGUUCUGUGCAAUUUAAUGGCUUUUUGAUAAAGAGGCUAUUUAAAAAAAAAAAAAAAAAUCUAUGAGGAGACGUGUCGGUAAAAGCAGACAAUAAUCCAGUUUCUACAGAUAUGCAGUAUACAUGAAUUCAUUAUGGUAAUCAGAUUGUUUUCAUUAUUAGUGAAUAUUUCUUUCCUAUCAAAGUUGUGACAUUUUAGUGAGAGUCAAGAAAGCCACAGCUACCUCCUAGGAACUACGUCGUAUCAGUCAGAUACUGUGAAAGACUUUAGCACAUUACCUGACAUUAUAUUUUUCUAUGAUAGUAGUUUUUGUUUCCUUUACUUUGGAUUACUUUUACCACAAUUGCUUUUCUGAUGAAGUAAGUAUUCAUGUACUACAAUCACAGAAAAAGAAAACCUCCAAACCUUCUAUUUAUAUUAAGAUUGGAUUAUUCUGUAACACACUUUUUUUUUUAUUCUCUCACAAAAAUGUCACUUGCAUCUGAAUUUGGAUCUUUUGUAGAAUGUGAUGGACACACGUUUUGAAAUUCAUAUACACAAAAUAAGUAAUAUUUUAGGUGAGGUUCACUGAGAGCAAAAGUUUACUUGAAUUGACUUUUUUUUAACUGACAGUACAAUUCAUUUGGCAUUU